AUGGCCACGAAUACCGAAAAUACCGCCCGCUGGAUGUCCCUCGGAGAAGUCAGUCGGGCGCUGGAAGUGAACGACGCCACCCUGCGCCAAUGGGCAGACCGAGGCCAGGUGAGGGUAUACCGUACUCCCGGAGGCCAUCGUAGAUUUUGGCGAGAAGACGUGGAAGCCCUGAUGGGCCGAUCCCCAGUUGUUGGUUCUUCUCCAGUUUCCGAUGCAGACCCGGAAGGUACCGCCCUGCGCAAAAUUCGCCGCAAGCUAAGUCAGUCUGACCUAUCGUCGCAACCGUGGAUGCAGAGUUUCCAGGAAGAAGGGCGCGAUCGAAUGCGCCUCUUCGGACGCAGGUUGCUGUCGUUGCUGGUUCAGGACGGUUUGCGCGACAGGAGUCGGCGCAAGGGCGAAACGCUAUCCGAAACCCACAUGUUGGGCCACGAAUACGGCUCCGAAAUGGCCGACCGCAACGUGCCAUUGUCCGACAGCGUUCAGGCAUUCUUGUUCUUCCGGCAGACUGUCGUAGAAUCGGUACACCCUGACCGGCUUCGGCAGGUGAUAGAAAUUUCCGACCGGGUGUUGAUGGGGUUGGUUGAUGCCUACGGCGCCAGGCUGGCAGAUGACGACAAAGGCUCCGAAGCCCGGCCCGCCGGCCGGUUGACGACGCCCGGAGGCAGUGCAAGAUGA